GUCAUCGUAUCGGUUCCGCCAAGGAUCAACCUAUUCCCGUACUCGCUCACCUCCUUCCGUUUUCCUCUCCAUCUCUCGCUCUCCGCCCUCUUUCUUUCUUCUCGCCGAAUCAGCCAUGCCCGCCGAAGUCGAAUCCCCCGAAGCCACCACCGCCAUAGCCGCCUCCAAGAAGCGGAAACAAAAUCACAAGAAGGGCAAGCAUCCAAACAAAAAGAUAAAGAAGGCACCCCCGGCCAUGGCCGCCGCCGCCAAGCACAAUAACCGCAGCAAGAAGAUGAUCAAGCUAUUCCGCAAGAGAGCCAGAGAGUACAACUCCGAUGACGACGACGACCACGACGAAGAACAACCGACUGCCGGUCUGAGGGAUUCGGGCGCCGAAGCCCGUCAGGAUCGAGAGGAUGCCGCCUCGAGUGAGGACUCCGGCGACGAGGAGGAAGGGCAGAAGGGUUUGGAUUCUGAAGACGAUUUCAGUGGAGAUUCUGAAGGUGAUGACGAGGACGAGGGGGAUAGAGCUCGCCAGCGUAUUACGAAGUUUGCCGAAGGUUCUAGGGCGUUCAGGGUGGCUUUCAUGAAGAUUAUGAAGAAAAAUCUUCCAAACGAUCCACUGGGUCCUGUAUUGUCGGCACACAAGAAUCUUGUCGCCGAGAAACUUGCAGAAGAGGAAGCUGAGCAUAAGGUGAAGGGAGAAGCAAAGAAAGAGAAGCAUUUGGCAGCAGAGAAAGGGCAUGUAAAGCCAACUAAUUUCUUGGAUGCAAAGGAAAAGUCUCUUAUUAGUAUUGCCACAAAAGGAGUGGUCAAAUUAUUUAAUGCGGUAAGUAAGGCACAGAAUCCUCAGAGAGGCUUGAAUCCUUCAAAGUCAAAAGAUGCCAAAGUGUUGGCAAAACAAAGAAAACAAACUUUCUUAUCAGAACUCCAAAAACCAACAACGCAAGCUCCUGGCAACCCUUCAUCAUUCAACUCUUCCAUGGUAACCACAUUUGUUCCCAAUUCUACAAGUAAAGAACAUAGCAAUGAGCCUGGAUGGGCUCCAUUACGUGACAGUUACAUGCUUAGUUCAAAGUUCAAGGACUGGGAUAAAAUGCCUGAUCCUGCUGGAGCUGUUGAUCAAGAAAAUGUUUCUCUGGAGAGUUCCUCUGAUGAGGAAUAAAAAAACACGAAAACUUGCGGCUUUCACAGGCAUUCUGGGGCUUGUGUGAGAAGAACGGAAGUUAUCCUUUGAGUAUCAUAUGCUUGUCUGACUAAAUUGCUUCUAUAGAAGCAGAUUCAUGCACCCGAGCAGGUUUAGAGGCUGCUGCGACAACAAGAGCAUCUAUAGUUAGCAUGAACAUACUAGGAAUAUGGGAGGAGCAAGAUUUUGUGGUUUUCCAUAUUUGUCCAAGAUAGCUUCAGUACUGCGAUGAUUAUUGGUUCACUAGUUUUUGUUAUCAUUACUUGUUUUUGACCUUUUCCACCUUCUAGCUGCCGAUAAUUAGCAAAUCCUGUUAUCACUUAUUUUGCAGAUUGUAGGUGUAUGUUUUUCAGGCUGCCUAUAGGACAAUUAUAAAGGCUUUCGGAAGGGAAAAUCUUGCAUCCCUUUUUGUCAUCCGUCUCAUUCUUUAAAAGAUGACCUGAAGGAAAUUGCAGGCAGGUGCAGUGGAUAUGACCAAAUUAGUUUCUUGAGUAAAUGGAUGCAUAAGAGACUGUUUUAAGUU